AGCUGUGUAUCUAUGAAGAGUGAUCGGUCAAAUCCUCGUCUUAUUCAUUUUAAAGAACAACAACCGUCUGCUGCAAAGAAAGUGGACCAGGAGAGCUCAGAGGUUCCCAGUGGUCAGUCUGCCCAGCAGCAUCAAACACACCUGGACUCCAUAUUUAUGCUGCUGGAGGACAACAUCGUGACUUUUGUGAAGAACGAGCUGAAGAAGAUGCAGAAGCUUCUGAGUCCAGAUUACCCAGAAUGCUUAGAGAGUCAGAGUGAGGAUGAGGAGGUGUUGGACGGUGAGGAGGAAGAGCAGAGGAGGAAGAGCAGAGAGGCAUUUCUGAAGAUCACACUGCACUUCCUGAGGAGAAUGAAGCAAGAGGAUCUGGCUGACUGUCUGCAGAUCAGAAGUCCUGCAGGUUGUCAGUCUAAACUCAAGUCUAACCUGCAGAAGAAGUUCCAGUGUCUGUUUGAGGGGAUCACUAAAGAAGGAAACCCAACCCUUCUGAAUGAGAUCUACACACCGCUCUACAUCACAGAGGGAGGGACUGCAGAGGUCAAUGAUGAACAUGAGAUCAGACAGAUUGAAACAGCAUCCAGGAAACCAGACAGACCAGAAACAACAAUCAGACAAGAAGACAUCUUUAAAGCCUCACCUGGAAGAGAUGAACCAAUCAGAACAGUGAUGACAAAGGGAGUGGCUGGCAUUGGGAAAACAGUCUUAACACAGAAGUUCACUCUGGACUGGGCUGAAGACAAAGCCAACCAGGACAUACACUUCACAUUUCCAUUCACUUUCAGAGAGCUGAAUGUGCUGAAAGAGAAAAAGUACAGCUUGGUGGAACUUGUUCAUCACUUCUUUACUGAAACCAAAGAAGCAGGAAUCUGCAGGUUUGAAGAGUUCCAGGUUGUGUUCAUCUUUGACGGUCUGGAUGAGUGUCGACUUCCUCUGGACUUCCACAACACUGAGAUCCUGACUGAUGUUACAGAGUCCACCUCAGUGGAUGUGCUGCUGACAAACCUCAUCAGGGGGAAACUGCUUCCCUCUGCUCGCCUCUGGAUAACCACACGACCUGCAGCAGCCAAUCAGAUCCCUCCUGAGUGUGUCGGCAUGGUGACAGAGGUCAGAGGGUUCACUGACCCACAGAAGGAGGAGUACUUCAGGAAGAGAUUCAGAGAUGAGGAGCAGGCCAGCACCAUCAUCUCCCACAUCAAGACAUCACGAAGCCUCCACAUCAUGUGCCACAUCCCAGUCUUCUGCUGGAUCACUGCUACAGUUCUGGAGGAUAUGUUGAAAAGCAGAAAGAGGGAAGAGCUGCCCAAGACCCUGACUGAGAUGUACAUCCACUUCCUGGUGCUUCAGGCCAAACUGAAGAACAUCAAGUAUGAUGGAGGAGCUGAGACAGAUCCACACUGGAGUCCAGAGAGCAGGGAGAUGAUUGAGUCUCUGGGAAAACUGGCUUUUGAGCAGCUGCAGAAAGGCAACCUGAUCUUCUAUGAAUCAGACCUGACAGAGUGUGGCAUCGAUAUCAGAAUAGCCUCAGUGUACUCAGGAGUGUUCACACAGGUCUUUAUAGAGGAGAGAGGGCUCCACCAGAACAAGGUGUUCUGCUUCGUCCAUCUGAGUGUUCAGGAGUUUCUGGCUGCUCUUCAUGUCCAUCUGACAUUCAUCACGUCUGGAGUCAAUCUGCUGGCAGAACAACAAACAACCUGUUUCUAUCAGAGUGCUGUAGACAAGGCCUUAAAGAGUCCAAAUGGACACCUGGACUUGUUCCUCCGCUUCCUCCUGGGUCUUUCACUGCAGACCAAUCAGAGUCUCCUACGAGGUCUGCUGACACAGACAGGAAGUAGCUCACAGACCAAUCAGGAAACAGUCAAGUACAUCAAGAAGAAAAUCAGUGAGAAUGUGUCUGCAGAGAGAAGCAUCAAUCUGUUCCACUGUCUGAAUGAACUGAAUGAUCGUUCUCUAGUGGAGGAGAUCCAACAGUACCUGAGAUCAGGAAGUCUCUCCACAGAUAAACUGUCUCCUGCUCAGUGGUCAGCUCUGGGCUUCAUCUUACUGUCAUCAGAAAAAGAUCUGGACGUGUUUGACCUGAAGAAAUACUCUGCUUCAGAGGAGGCUCUUCUGAGGCUGCUGCCAGUGGUCAAAGCCUCCAAAAAAGCUCUGCUCAGUGACUGUAAUCUCUCAGAGAGAAGCUGUGCAGCUCUGUCCUCAGUUCUCAGCUCCCAGUCCUCUAGUCUGAGAGAUCUGGACCUGAGUAACAACAACCUGCAGGAUUCAGGACUGAAGCAGCUUUCUGCUGGACUGGAGAGUCCAAACUGUGGACUGGAAACUCUCAGACUGACUGACUGUAACCUCUCAGAGAGAAGCUGUGCAGCUCUGUCCUCAGUUCUCAGCUCCCAGUCCUCUAGUCUGAGAGAUCUGGACCUGAGUAACAACAACCUGCAGGAUUCAGGAGUGAAGCAGCUUUCUGCUGGACUGGAGAGUCCACACUGUGGACUGGAAACUCUCAGCCUGUCAGGAUGUCUGAUCACAGAGGAAGGCUGUGCUUCUCUGGCCUCAGCUCUGAGGUCCAACCCCUCCCAUCUGAGAGAGCUGGACCUGAGCUACAAUCAUCCAGGAGACUCAGGAGAGAAGAUCUUGUCUGCUGGACUGGAGGAUCCACACUGGAGACUGGACACUCUCAGCCUGCAGCCUGCUGGAGUCCGAUGGUUGACACCAGGUCCGAGGAAGUAUGCCUGUGAACUGGAACUGGAUCCAAACACAGCAAACAGAAGACUCAAACUGUCUGACAACAACAGGAAGGUGACACAUGUGGAGGAGGAUCAGUCAUAUCCUGAUCAUCCAGACAGAUUUGGGGUCUGGCCUCAGCUGCUGUGUAGAAAUGUUCUGACUGGUCGCUGUUACUGGGAGGUCGAGUGGAAAGGAGGAGUUUUUUCAUCAGUGACGUACAGAGGAAUCAGAAGGAAAGGAGACAGUGCUGACUGUGGGUUUGGAAGGAAUGAUCAGUCCUGGAGUCUGAGAUGCUCUGAUGGUGGUUACUCUGUCUGGCACAACAACAAUGGAGCGUCCAUCUCCUCCUCCUCCUCCUCUUCCUCCUCUGCCUCUGGUAGAGUAGCAGUGUAUGUGGACUGUCCUGCUGGCACUCUGUCCUUCUACAGAGUCUCCUCUGACACACUGAUCCACCUCCACACCUUCAACACCACAUUCACUGGACCUCUGUAUGCUGGGUUUGGGUUUCGGUCACAUGACAAGUUUGGUUCCUCAGUGUCUCUGUGUUCUCUGUAG